AUUGAUCGUGAAAGAGAAGAGUUGAGAACAAGAGUUUGUGAACUGGAGGCGAGACUUCGAGGUGAGGAGACAAUACGACGUCAGCUUCAUAAUAAAGUACAAGAGUUGAAGGGUAACAUUCGCGUCUAUUGUCGUGUUCGGCCAAGUCUGCCUUCAGAAACUAGUGUUUCGCUCAUUAAUAUGGAGUUCGCCAAUGACACUGAUAUUAUUGUACGCAAUAACAGCAAGUCUAGUACUUUGUCUAAGAAAAGCCAACAAGCCAGAAUGUCAUUUUCAUUUGACAAAGCAUUUUGUCCAGAAACCACUCAAGUAACGAUUUAUCAAGAAACAGCACAGCUAGUUCAAAGUGUGCUUGAUGGAUACAAUGUUUGCAUCUUUGCGUAUGGUCAGACUGGAUCAGGUAAAACAUUUACAAUGGAAAGUGAUAUCAAAGGCCGUGAUACGUGGGGUGUGAUACCACGUGCUAUGGAACAAGUCUUCUUUAGUGCCAAGGAUCUCAUGAGUAAAGGUUGGAAGUACGAGAUACAAGCGUCUUUUCUCGAAAUAUACACCGAGACAAUACGUGAUCUCCUUGGAAACCCUGACAGCAAACAUGAGAUUAAACAAGUAACCACAAACAAUGGCAAACAAGUCAACGAUGUGUUUGUUACCAACUUGAAAGCCGUUGCCGUUACAUCAUCCGAUCAAGUGUCCAGUUUACUUCGAAAGGCUUACGAAAAUCGUUCUGUGGCCGCUACAAACUGUAACGAUCGCUCGUCGAGAAGUCACUCUGUCUUUCAACUAAAACUCGUCGGGAGUAAUGAGAUAAAUGGGGAACUAAGUCAAGGGGUAUUGAGUUUGGUUGAUCUGGCGGGUUCUGAAAGUAUAAGUCAAUCCGGAUCAACAGGAUUAAGACUUAAGGAAGCUAAACACAUAAACCAGAGCCUCACACAUUUGGGUACAGUCUUCAACUCCUUGGCUAAGAAGGCUAGUCACGUGCCUUAUAGAAACUCGAAAUUAACUCAUUUGUUGCAAAACUCUCUUGGUGGUAACAGUAAAAGUUUGAUGUUCGUGAAUGUUUCUCCUCGCGAGGACUCUUUCCAGGAAACCCUAUGUUCACUUCGAUUUGCCACUCAGGUAUGAUUCGUAUAUGUCAUAGCAUGAUUUCGAGUGCAAUUCGGGGAAAACAUGCACGAGUGAGUUUUUCAAA